AUGUCUACCUCCACGAAUGAGAAGAGAUCGCGCUUGGACCCUCCAAUUCCCGCCACGUAUUUUGGAAACUGCGAUGUAAAACAAAUGGUUGUGGCUUUUAUUAAGGAGGUGGUUGGAAAUGAUGGAUUCACUUGUGCUUUGGAGGGGAUAAGUGAGGCUCUGAAUAGAGUGAAGGAUGAAGGAGUGUUGAAUGGAGCAGAAAGAUGGGUUUGGGAUAUGAAUGAAUUUAUGGAGGGUAGAAUAUCUAUUCUUGGAUCUCCUAGGUUUGAGGUUUACAGUAUUGAUUUUGGGUGUGGAAGGCCAAAGAAGGUGGAUAUCAGUUCAAUAGACGGAGAAGAAGCAUUUUCUCUUAAUGAAAGUAGAGAUAUCCAUGGAGGAGUUGAGAUUGAUUAA